UUAGGGGGAAACUACGAAGUUUUACACGCACGAUGGGCGCCAUCUUUGUUAGGGGCAGGUGACUUCCGGUUGAGGCGGAAGAGAACCUAAUGGGGCUUGGGGAGGUGCUGGAAUAGAGACUGAGGGUGGGUUUGAGUUGGAUGAAGAAGGCGGGAAAUCUACUUCUCUUCCAAUCAGCUCCCCAUCUCGCCCUCUGGCGGCUUCGGACGGCCGACCGGCCGCCCGACUUGGUGUGACUACGGGCAUACGCCAAGGUGGUCACUGACUGCCCCCACGAGGGGACUGGAGGGGGUUCCAGAUGGGCGAGGAGGGGACAGAGGGCACCGUACAUCUGCUUUGCCUUGCGGCCACCAGCGGAGUCCCCUUAUUCUGCAGAAGCAGCCGCGGCGGCGCCCCCGCCCGCCAGCAGCUCCCGUUCUCUGUCAUCGGUUCCCUCAAUGGAGUACACAUGUUUGGGCAGAAUCUCGAGGUGCAGCUGAGCUCUGCAAGGACGGAGGAUACGACCGUGGUGUGGAAAAGCUUCCAUGACAGCAUCACCCUCAUUGUUCUGUCAUCUGAGGAGGGCACCUCGGAGCUGAGGCUGGAGAGACUACUCCAGAUGGUGUUUGGGGCCAUGGUUCUUCUUGUAGGACUCGAAGAACUGACCAAUAUCCGCAACGUAGAGAGACUGAAGAAGGAGUUGAGGGCCAGUUACCGCCUCAUUGACAGUUUCCUGGGGGACUCUGAGCUCAUCGGGGACCUGACCCAGUGUGUGGACUGCGUGGUUCCUCCAGAGGGGUCUCUCCUGCAGGAAGCCCUCUCUGGGUUCGCCGAAGCGGCGGGCACGGCCUUUGGCAGCCUGGUCGUGUCGGGCCGGGUGGUGGCAGCAACAGAAAGCUGGUGGCGGCUGGGGACGCCGGAGGCCGUGCUGCUCCCCUGGCUGGUGGGGUCCCUGCCGCCGCAGGCAGCUCGAGACUAUCCGGUGUACCUGCCGCACGGGAGUCCCACGGUCCCGCACCGGCUUCUGACCCUGACGCUGCUGCCGGGCUUGGAGCUGUGUCUGCUCUGCGGGCCGCGCCCUCCCCUCAGCCAGCUGGAUCCGCAGGCUUCACCCUUUCCUUGGUCCCCUCGGCCUCCCGCCCUCGUGGGCCCCGCCUCUCCUCCCUGGCCACGCCCCCUUCCCUGGUACCCGCCCCUGACCUCACCCACCGGCCUCGCCUCAGCUUUUGGAUCGCUGGUGGCAGCCAGUGCUAGACCCGCUGCGGGCCUGCGUGCCGCUGGGACCUCGAGCGCUGCCCGCUGGCUUCCCCCUGCACAUGGACAUCCUCGGGCUGCUGCUUCUCCACCUGGAACUGAAACGUUGCCUCUUCACGGUGGAGCCCUCUGCGGAUCAAGAGCCGGGGUCACCAGAGGAGAAGGUGGAGGAUGCGGCCCAGAGGAGCCAGGUGCCGAGAGCCUGCUACCUGGUGUCCGGGCCCGAGGAGCCAGGCACGGGAUGGCGGCUGGUGGCUCUGCAGUCGGGGCCGCGGCGGCUGCUACUGCUGUCCGCCCAGAGUCCCACACACGCGCUGCGGGGCUUGGCCACCCACACACUGCAUGCCCUCACCCCACUCCUCUGACCCCUGGCCGUGAGCCGGUCACACAGACACAGCUAUUAGCGUCUCUCUGUUUAUUCGCUCACAAUAAUACACAGCCCCUGGAUGGGGGGGCAGGAGGGGCUACGAUGGGGUGGGGUGGGAGGGGAGGAGGCGCCCACUUCCCUGGCCCCUCUCCCCUCUGUGCUUAGGGGGGAAAAGGGAGGGAGGGGGCUCCCCCUUACCCCCCAGAAUGUAAACAGCAGCAGAUGAACAAAAAUAAAAAUACAAAAGGCCAGAGAAA